AUGAACGGGCGUCAGCUAGCCGGCUUGGAGGAUGGGUGCGAGCAGUGGGAGGUGUUCGUCGUGCUCGCCAUCUCGCCACUCUCCAUCCUACUCCGCAACCUCCUAGAGCCCUACCUUUUCCUCGGGUCUAAUUUCUCACAAAAUGCAUUCCAAUACGGGUUGAAAUUCAUAAUAGACUUUGCUGUGAUCGUGCUCCCAGUGCUCCUUACAAUGACAUAUUAUGCUGAAGAUGUCGUGUUUGCCUUGUAUAUUAUUUUGGAAUUUAUUGCCCUUAUCCUGCUCCUCAGGUUACUCAAAUUUUUCUGCACAACUAAAGAGCGACCCUCGAUUACGGAAAUCCUCAACACAACUCUAGAAAAAGAACAUCACCCAACUACGUAUCUGACCUAUUUACGCGGUAUGGUGCUGAUCUUCACAGGAAUCGCUAUUCUUGCUGUCGAUUUUUCUGUGUUUCCGAGGCGAUACGCUAAAACGGGCUUCUACGGACACAGCCUUAUGGAUGUUGGCGUUUCCGCUUUUGUCUAUAUUCUGGGCAUAUCAAAUCACUUGAAAACGCAACGAAAAGGCGGAGAGGACGGCAAGAAAAAGAGGUCUCCUUUGACGAUUCUCACCAGCUCCUCCGCUUUGCUACUGUAUCUAGGUGUCGGGCGUACUGUGGUGCUAAAAGCAAUCGGCUACGGUACUUCUAUCACCGAAUACGGCGUGCAUUGGAACUUCUUCUUCACCCUUUUUGUUGUUCAUCUCUUUUCCAAAAUCUACAACCAACGUGCUCAUCUACUACUCGCUAUCGUGAUGGCUGGCAUUCAUCAGUUGUUGCUCAGUGGAGGGAAUGAGGAUUGGGCGCUCUCCGAUGACGAGCCACGCGAUAAUUUAAUUUCUGCAAAUCGUGAGGGUAUCGUCUCGCUUCUCGGCUAUAUUUCACUUUAUUAUUUUGCUAGUGCUAUUGGAGGCCAUAUCAUGAGGAUUGGAAACAAAGUAUCCGACAAUCUCAAGUGCCUCGUCCAACUAUUCUUCAUUGCCGGUGCUUGCUACAUUUUACAACUCUUUGCGGUUGCUGUAUUUGCCGCUCCUUCUCGAAGAGUCGCAAAUUUGGCAUAUCUAUUUUCGCAGCUCUCCGUCCUUACCUACUCUCUUUGGAUCUGCCUGCUGGUCCAGACCAUCAUCAUACUGGGCUGGGCAACGGGGAUACCGUAUUUUGGGAAAGGCAACAACCCGUGGCAAGGAAUCCAACCGUGCAUGCUGGAAGACGUGAACCGAGCUGGCCUCUGGUUUUUCUUGCUGUGUAAUGUCUUAACAGGUACUGUAAAUAUGACGGUGGAUACUUAUUCCACAACUGAUGCCGAGGCCACCGUAUUGCUUGGUAUCUACAUGCUCAUCAGCUGCGUGGCAGCCCGAAUUUUUGUGAUUGUCAGGAAUCGAUGGCGAGCUGGAGGCCAGAACAUUCCAUAUGUGAUAAAAAAA